AUGUCAGAACUUGCCCAGCUCGCGCUUAAGAACGAUCUAUUUCUUGCAUUUGGCCUUGAGCUGAUACUCCAUCUCUGGCCCCUUCGCGACUGUUUCGAUGCAGUCGUACAGCGAAAAUUGCUACCGGAACGGUUUCAGUCUGCCUAUGGUUCCGAGACUGCAAUAGCCCAGACUAAUGCUAUACGCCCCAAGCCAACUAUGCUAACGAGAACUACCACCAAAACCGUUGCGCGUACCCUGUACAAUACCGUCACAGAACAAGUCACAUCCGUCUCCACCGUCACUGAUCGACACUGGCUUACAAAAUGGACACACUUUCCCAUCGACCCCGCAACACCAUGCGUGACUUGGACAUACUACACCAACACGACCGCAGUACCAGAGCAGAACCAUACAUUCACCCCGCCGCCUGAUAAUUCAACGGACACCCAUCCAACAACACCCACAGCCACCUGGUCAUCCACCAGCUGGCUCCUCCCAUCUCUCCUAGCCCUCACCUCCACCACACUACUCCUCCUGCUCCUGGUCCUCCUCCUCAAACCACAUCUCCUCAUCCCCCGCCCUCGCAGCGCAAAUCCCCAAACGCAGCAGAAACUGUACCAGGACUGGAAAGACAGAGCCUACUCAGUGCUAUCGGACCUUGAGCAAACCCAGCGCGAAACCCAGCGUUUAAAACAAGGUAUUUCAACCAGAACCGCCAUGCUAGAACUUCUCCUCGGCAAAAACCUAAACAGUGACGCCGCCAUGAGCACCACCACCGAUGACCACGACGACGAAGAAGAAGAAGAAGAAGAAAUCUUACACCACCUCGUCACACAGAAACGCGAAACCGACGCCAAAACGCAAACGCAGCUACACACAGCCACGGCCUCGAACAGCGCGCUGCUCGCGCGCAUCCAGCAUCUCGAAGGGCACAAUGCGGAGCUGAGAGAUACAAUCCGGAUGCGGCUGAAUAGCCACUUUGUACCUGGUGUGGAUCAGAGCUUCCAGGAGCUGCUGGAUGAGAAGCAAAAGGAGAUUGCGUUUUGGCGCGCGGCGUUUUAUCGUGAGCGGGGAGAGGAGGAGGGGGCUGCGGUUUGA